GAGCUCUUCCAAUCGGAGCCGCCGCAGCCCUGGCGUCGGAGAGCUGGCGGCCGGCUAUAUAAGCUCGGCUGACGGCUCGAUGAUCCAGUCCCGUCGUCCGACCUCCUCUCCCGGACUACUAAACACUGAGACUACCAGAGAUCGAGACUACGGAACACCUCGAGACUAACGAAGACCUCCGAGAACUACCGAGACUACGAGAUGAAAGCCAUCAGCCCCGCGCGCUCCUUCCGGAUAAACGGCUCCAGCCUGUCGGACCACGCUCUGAUCUCCCGGAGCAAGACCCCCGCAGACGACCCCCUCAGCCUGCUGCUCAACAUGAACGACUGCUACUCCAAGCUGCGGGAACUCGUGCCCAGCAUCCCGCAGAACAAGAGCGUGAGCAAGAUGGAGAUCCUGCAGCAUGUGAUCGACUACAUCCUGGACCUGCAGCUCGCGCUGGACUCCAGUGUCGCGAUAACGAGUCUGCAGCACGCGCGGCCCCCGCUGAGCGCGCUCAACACGGACAUCAGCGUUCUGUCCCUCCAGUCUCCGGAGUGUCCGUCAGACCUGACAGAUGACAGCCGAGCUCAGCGACGUUAAAGCGGUGUUUGGUCAAGACACACAGCACACAGACACACACACGCACGCACACGCACGAACAGGGGAGCAGGACUUCCCCCUCCCCCACCUGGAUUUCUUUCUUGUGACGUUGACAUCAAGAGACUUUAGGCCGUACGGGACAAUCUUAUGUGAUGUGUUUUCUGUUGGACUCGUUUAAUUUAACUUAAGACUUUGUCGGACCUUCCUGGAAUCGGAAGGUCGUUCUCAUGACGACGGGAGGAAGAGUAGGAGGAGACGCCCCCCACCCCCGCAUCUCCUCGUUGAAGACUUCGCUUUUUUUCUGCGGAGGCCGGACGCGGAGGAAGACUCGGUUUGUUGUGAAGUUUCGUCUCGUCUCGUCGGCACGUGAAGGACUGGACGUUGUUAAAAAAAAAAAAAAGAAUUGAGAGAAUGAGAAGCUCGUGAACUCGUAUCGGAGUUUGAUCUUGUGUAUAGUUGCGGGAAUUUCAAACUUCUGCAAAAGUGUAAUGCUGUACUUAAUUAUGCUGAAACUUUUUAUAAAAGUAAUGUAAAUCGUACCUUUUUUUUUUUUUUAUACAAAA